UUAAAUAAGAACAAAGUUCGAAAUUAAAUUGUCAGAACUUUUCUCCUUUUCUUUCCAUUUUUAAUUUUGGUAGACAAGACAAACAAAAGUGUACAGUUCGAUGCUAAAACAUCAGUGCAUAGUGUAGUUCCAAAGUUUACAGUCGUUUCAAAAAUAUUCAUAAUAAUUAUUCUAAAGUACAAAGAUAGUUUUUAUCUUGUUUGUCUUAGUAUAAACGUCAUAAGAUAUGUUAUUAUUGUGAUUAUUACUCGUAAACACAUCACUCGUUUGCCUAUUUAUUAAAUCAAGUUUUUAUUUCCAAGAUGAAUUUCUACAGGAAUAAUUUCACUGGAUCUUCAAAAGUAAUACCUAAAAAUGUACACACCGAUUUGUCCCAAACGUACGAGGUGUCGGCGGAACAGCGCCAAUUCUACCACGACAAGGGGUUUCUUCUCAUCAAGGACUUGAUAGACUUCGAGUCCCUGUACAACUACAAAAAGCGGUUUGUACAAGUGUGCAAUGGUCUUGUCGAAAUGGGAGGCAUGUAUAUUGUUAAGGAGCCGUCGCUGGUGGAUAAGAAGAGGAAACCGGAAGAGUAUAUCAAUAAGUUGAACGACGUGUUUUACGACGAGGUCUUCGCCACUUACGUGGAGCACCCCAGACUGCUGGACGUGUUGUCACAGUUCAUCGGCGACCACAUCACCGCUGUUAACGCGAUGGUGAUCAACAAACCGCCCGGCACUGACAGACAUCCGCCGCAUCAGGAUCUUUUCUAUUUCCCAAUGAGACCAGCGGAUAAAAUCAUCGCUGCGUGGACGGCGGUCGACCACGUGGACAUUGACAAUGGCUGCCUCUACGUCAUCCCUGGCUCGCACAAGGACAACAGGAUUUAUGAGCACGGGGAUGUUGGGAUAACGAAGAAAAUGUACCACGGCAUUUUGAACGAGGAGGCGCUAGCUCCCGAAUCAAAGCGGGUUCACCUCGAGAUGUCCCCAGGGGACACUGUCUUCUUCCAUCCCCUGUUGAUACACGGCUCCGGCCCAAAUGUUUCAAAGAACUAUCGUAAAUCGAUGACGUGCCACUUCGCAAGCAGCUCGUGCCACUACGUGUCCGCGCAGGGCACGGUGCAGGAGCACCUCGCCAGGGAGAUCGAGCGGGAAGCCAAGCGGAGGGGAUUCGACGUCAGCUUCCAGGAAGCAUGGGAGUAUAGGAGCAAGCAGGUGAAAGGCGUUCGUUCCAAUUUAUAAUUAUAAUUUUAGAUGCGAAAAAUUUUUAGACCAUUAUAAGACACACUGACUUUUUCGACUCAAUCUUUUAUCUUUGUCAGAGGGGUCUUAUCAAUAUAACGUAUUAUAAUACGUUAAGAACAUACAAUUAUGCCUAUAUAGAGUAGAAAACGGAUUGCUGACCAACUUACAAAUCGCCUAAAGGCAUUUAACAUGACUUUUACAAAUACCGAAAUGUAUUUUUUUCAUAUUGUCAUCUCAUUCAGAUCCUAGAUAUUAAUUAGACAUUUUUACGGAAAUAAUUGAAACCAAACCUGAAAAAUCUGUUUUUUGGGUUUUUUUCUGUAAUGAUAGCUUAAGUUAGUGAAAUAAAUAAAAAAAAUAUAUAUUAUAAGACAAAAUUAAUUAAUUUAAAUUAAAUUUUUGAACUGUGGUUUAGGGUAGUUGCAAUAUAUUUCUCAAAAUAUU